CCCUAGCGGAUCAAGAUCCACCCAGGCUGUAGGGACAUCCAAGACUACGUCUUCAGAUGUGAAUUCAUUCAGACACCAGAAUCUUGGAAUGGUGGCUGAUGCGCAGAGCUCAGAUUCAAUGGCUGGCAGCUCAAGUUCUGCUGCCGAAAAGCACGUUGACAUGUUGGUCUUUAGUGACCAGUUGAAUGACCUUUUUGUUGAGCUCAGCAAUCAUGAUCAACAAAAUAGUGGAAAAGCUACAGUAUUGGGUGAUGCUGCACGAGUACUGCGAGAUUUAAUUACUCAAGUUGAAUCUCUUAGAAAGGAGCAAUCUACUCUUCUAACUAAGCAACAAUAUGUCGGUUCAGAGAAGACCAAGCUGCAAGAUGAGAAUACUACACUCAGAGCCCAAAUAAUAGAACUGCAGAACGAGCUUCGUGCAAGGAUCGGAAACAAUAGCGUGAAUCUAUGCAGCCUUGGGGUGCUACAUCCAAUAGGGAGAAGCUACACUACUAAUUUAGCAACCCAUCCAACACGACAUGAUACAUGGAGCAAUGCUUCUAAUUCAAGCAUCAUGCACAUGGUGCCCCCAACCAACACACCAUCCGCACUGCAGAAUCAGCAGCAUCACUCUAUUGCUUCUGGUCAGGUUGCAUCACGGCCUCAGGAGCACCAGCUCUUCCCGGGGACAUCAGCAUCAUCAUGUUCCCGGCAUAGAAGCAACCCAGUUACUUCUUCGAGCCUUGCGGAUUCCUUACCUGGACAGCUUCACCUCAGCCUUCCACCAACAUCCCAAGAAGAAAGCAGCGGCGGCGGAGGCGCACCGGGAAACAGAAAAGAACGAAAUACAGGUUAGCCAAUUGACGGGUUACAACAAAUCAGUUCUUGGUGAUAACAGCUCUCCUGUAAAUACCAACAAGCUACUCACCUUACUGGUCCAAACCUACUAGUUGCUCUAUAUGUUUAAAUAACUUUACAAUUAUGUUUUGAUAUAAUUUUGCAGC